AUGGAAAAUGAUGGUACCUCUCAAACACAAUAUCCACCUAUCUCACAAGAAAGUACACAUCAACCAAUUCCCAUUGAAAGUGGUAACAUAUCAUUUGAAGCUCCUCCUCCUACACCAAAUGAUAAUAUGGAGGUUAAUAGUGAAACAACUGAAAAUCGUCAACCCAGACUUAAAAGUAUUAUAUGGGAUCAUUUUACAAAGGUCAAAGUUGGUGAAAAAGUUAAGGCUAAGUGUAAUUAUUGCUCAAAGUUGCUUAAUGGUUCAUCAAAUGAUGGGACAAUACAUUUAAAAGUACAUAUGGAUUAUUGUCCUAAAAAGAAGCUUUUGAAACCAUCUGAGAAAGGACAAACAUUUCUUACGCCUAAAACCAUGCAAGGUAAACAAGAGUUGAGUAUUGGAAUUUAUGAUGCAGAAAUUGCUAAGAAAGAGCUUGCACAUGCAAUUAUUUUGCAUGAAUAUCCGCUUUGA